AUGAAGCAGGUAGACGUGGACCAGUUCCUGCGUCCGCCGGCAGUAGUCUUGGACCAAUUGACUACUUGGUUGAAGGAAGAAGCUAUCAGCCCCGCCACUAUCCAAAUAUAUGCCAAUUGGAUCACGUUUGAAGCGUCUGUUUCUCAAGCCGAGCUCACACCGCAGUGUCUGCGACAGCUGUAUGGACUCGACAGCGUAACCGCAGCACCUGAUGUUCGGAAUCAGCUCGGUAUAGCAGGCUUUUUAGACCAAUCCGCCAGGCACAGUGAUUUCCAGCUAUUCUUGGAGGAAUAUGACCCCGGUCAGACAGAUGCCAACUUCUCGGUAGUAUCCAUCAACAACGGUGUAAAUGACGAGCAUUCAUCCCAUAACAGUGUUGAAGCGAGUUUGGAUCUGCAAUACUCGCUUUCCAUCGCCUAUCACGCAAUGGCAACCUUCUACAGCACCGGUGGGCGAGGUCCGGUAGUGCCUGACGGAGGGCACCCACGUGCAGGAAAUUCAACGAAUGAGCCAUACCUGGAACAGUUGCACUAUUUGGCUAGCCUGCCUGACGAGAAUCUUCCUGCUGUUCUGACAAUGUCAUAUGGUGAACCAGAGCAGACGGUCCCUGCAGCGUAUGCCACAGCAGUGUGCGAUCUGUUCGCUCAGCUCGGUGCUCGAGGUGUAUCCAUUAUAUUUAGCAGUGGGGACUCUGGACCUGGAGGGAAUACAUGUGAAACGAAUGACGGAAGUGCCCGCUCAAAGUUCCUUCCAGAGUUCCCAGCAGGAUGCCCAUUCAUCACUGCUGUGGGAGGAGUUCAAGGUCUGAAUCCAGAAAGAGGGGCAGGGUUUUCCGGGGGUGGGUUUUCCGACCUUUUCCAGCGUCCGACUUAUCAGGACCACGCAGUGAAAGAGUUUCUGGAACAGCUGGGAAGUCAGUGGCAAGGAUUGUACAACCCAAAAGGCAGAGGUAUUCCCGAUGUGUCUGCUCAGUCAAACCAUUUUAUAGUGAGAGAUCAUGGUUUAUAUGUUCAAGUUGGCGGAACAAGGUAA